UAAUAUCUGUUUGAGACGACCACGAACGCCAGCGUACACGAGACAAUAACACCAUUCAGACCCUCCCUCUACUUUCAAUUAUUACUUAAAUUCUCCUAUUAAUUCACUCAUCCUCAUGGGUGCACUUUGUUGUCGCCCUCAGCCUGUUGACUUUGAAGGCGACGUCAACCUCUUUCACUUUGUUCUUUUGAGAUGCGUCGGAAAGGGCGCCUUUGGAAAGGUCCGAAUGGUCCAGCACAAGCAGACCCGCGAUUUGUAUGCUCUGAAAUAUAUAAACAAGACAAAGUGUGUAAAGAUGAAAGCAGUCGCAAAUAUCAUACAGGAACGACGCCUACUCGAAGAGAUCGACCAUCCCUUUGUCGUUAACCUCCGUUAUGCAUUCCAGGACGAUGAGAAUUGCUUCUUCGUCAUUGAUCUCAUGCUCGGCGGUGAUCUACGAUUCCACCUCGAACGGUUAGGCUCCUUACCAGAAGACACUGUACGUUUUUACGUAGCAGAAAUAGCUUCAGCCCUAGCUUUCCUUCACGAGCACAAAAUCAUGCACCGUGAUCUCAAACCUGAUAACAUCCUCCUCGACGAACGCGGCCACGCCCAUCUCACAGAUUUCAACAUUGCAGUCCACUUUAACGAACGUCGCAUGCUCACAGGCGUCGCAGGUAGCAUGGCUUACAUGGCUCCAGAAAUACUCACCAAACGUGGUUAUACAUACCCAAUCGACUGGUGGAGCCUCGGCACGAACGGUGACUUGACUCAGAGUAUCAGUAAAGACAGUUUACGCUUCCCUGAUGAUGCCGAUAAGAAGCCAUCCGUGCAGUUCUUGGAUCGCGACCCUUCCAAGAGACUGACGUGCAAGCAAAACAGUGGUUUUGAUGAGAUGCAACGACACCCCUGGUUCCAUCCCAUAGAUUGGACAGCACUUGAAGCCAAGGAAUUGCCUCCACCCUUCACACCCGACUCAAAGAAGGCAAACUUUGACGCAUCACACGAAUUGGAGGAACUUUUACUCGAAGACAAUCCACUGAAGGCUAAAGCACGAAAGACGCGAGAUGUCAGCACCCUCAGCGCUGAAAUGAGACAGAUGGAAGAGCAAUUCGCAUCAUACGAUUUCAAGAAGAUGCUCCGGCGAUCAUACUACCCCCAGAACCAACAGAUCGUAUCAACUAUCACCGCAACAUCCUCCACAGGCGGACUCGUAGCAAGUCGCCCCGUAACACCCGCUACAGACUCGCGCAUCGAGGGCAUCGUACAUGAGCAUGACGAGAGCCUGUUCGAUGGCGAUGAUGUUCGGUUGGAGAAGAUGCCUAGGGUGUUGGAGAAGACCUACUCGUGAUCCGCCCUCACUUCUCCAUCCUCACUAGUGCUAGGACUGGUGAUGGUGCUAGUGCCAGACGACCUGACGACCGCUGACGAUGUAUCUGAUUGCAAUAUCCAUAUUCCCCCAUGUAUCUUGCCUUAAGCUUAUGUACAUACGGCACCUUCUUGCCCCUUGCACUCGUUUCGAAUUUUGGGACAUACCUAAUAUUGGUUGCUCACCCUCAGCCCACUUUCCCUACCAUCAUCAUCAUCAUCAUCAUCAUCAUCACCAUC